AAUUUAUAUACAUUUUAACGACCCAACGAAUUUAAUUACAAAUAUGUAAUUAAUAACGGCCAAAACGGGGAAGAUUUUAACUCCGACUUCUUCACAAAGAGGCGACGAAUAGUUUUGAAAAUGGCGACACAAAACCAACAAUUGGCGAUAACGUCCCAUUCGAUGGAUGCCCUCGAUAAUAAAUCAGCCCUCAAAUUUCGACGUCGCUGCAAAGACGUUCUCCGCGUUCUUGAUCCCAAAAUAGAUUCUCAGCCCAAGAAAAAAUCAAACCGAACACCUUUUCAGCCCAAGAGGACUAAAUUCUCGAAACUCAACAUCCCUUUUGGUGACGACAAGGAUGUCGAAAGUUUUGAUGAAAAAACCCCCAGUCUCAGUCGUCUCGCCGCGGUGAGCGACAAUCUCCACGCGCUGAGCUUACGAUUGAACGGAAUUUUACUAACGAUGGAUCCUAAGCCGCCAACUAGUCAAGAAUUUUGGAGAGUAACGGUCGAAAAUGUGGAACCCUUCUUGGGGGACAAGCAUUGUCCCGGACAUAUCCAGUGUCGCUGCAAAAAGAUGAAUCAUUACGGAUUUGGACCGUUGCUCUCGGCCGUGGCGAAUUCGCGUAAGACUGCGCCCAAUGCAUCGCUCAAGUUGCAAAUGACGAAGGACAAUUUGUUGAACAAAAUCGACAUUCCAACCAUGACACGGGAAAUGGAAGCACGGAAUGUGGAACUCUCGAUGAAAAAUAAUAUUAUUCGGUUGAAAAAUGAAAUGCUCAUGACGAUGAUAUCUAAACAACGUGAAGAGUACAAAAAGAUGCGUGAAGGAAUAACAAAGUUACAAAAGCGGCUGGAGGGUCAUAUUGAAGACCACUAUGACGCCGAGCCAAAGUGCUGCAAGGACAAGGACAAACCACGCAAUCGAAAACCCAGGAGGUUGUCAAAUUCGUCCACCGACUCGAACUGGGAUGAACCAGUUGAGGUCAAAACUGGGAAAAAUGGUGAAAGGAAUAACGGCGUCAGCCCGAAAUGAACCUCUCGUCGUAUUAUUUUAACAAAUUCUAAGAAAUUCGGAGCGUCAAAGUUUCAAAAUGACACUUAUCGGACCGGAAAUUGUCGCCAAUUUUAUUUAUAAAGUGACCAAAACAAUUUUAACCAUAAAAAGUGACUCGACAUUUUAAUACAUAAAAUAUUGGUUUAUCAUGACUCAAAAUAUGUCCAAAAUUAUACUAUGCAUGCAUGAAAUGAUGGUAAAAACGAUAUUGUUUGAUAAGCAGGACGCAGUGAUUGUUUUAUUUUUGAUAGAUUUUAACUAGUUAUUUAUUGCACAGAAAUAUUUUAAUAUUUUAUACUAUUUUAAUAUGUAGAGUUGUUUUUAUUUUUUAUACUUAUUUUACUUAUGAGAUAUCAUGGAGAAGCAAGCAUAAGAAAAUUUAUAUUUUUAAUAAGAUGUCCUUUAUUUUGCCUAAA